AUGGAUGAAGCCAAUCAUUCUGUGGUCUCUGAGUUUGUGUUCCUGGGACUCUCCAAUGCGUGGAAGAUCCAGCUCCUCCUCUUCCUCUUUUCUUCAGUGUUCUAUGUGUCAAGUCUGAUGGGAAACCUCCUGAUUGUGCUAACUGUGACCUCUGACCCUCGUUUACAGUCCCCCGUGUACUUCCUGCUGGCGAACCUUUCCAUCAUCGAUUUAGUAUUUUGCUCCUCCACAGCUCCCAAGAUGAUUUAUGACCUUUUCAGGAAGCACAAAACCAUCUCUUUUGGGGGCUGUGUGGCUCAGAUCUUCUUUAUCCAUGCAGUUGGGGGCACUGAGAUGGUGCUGCUUAUAGCCAUGGCCUUUGACCGAUAUGUGGCCAUAUGUAAGCCUCUCCACUACCUGACCAUCAUGAGCCCACAAAGGUGCAUUUUGUUUUUAGUCAUUUCCUGGAUUAUAGGUAUUAUUCACUCAGUGAUUCAGUUGGUUUUUGUUGUAGACCUGCCGUUCUGUGGCCCUAAUGUUAGUUUCUUUUGUGAUCUUCCUCGAUUUAUCAAACUGGCUUGCAUAGAGACCUACACAUUGGGAUUCAUGGUUACUGCCAAUAGUGGAUUUAUUUCUCUGGCUUCUUUUUUAAUUCUCAUAAUCUCUUACAUCUUUAUUUUGGUGAUUGUUCAGAAAAAAUCUUCGGGUGGUAUAUUCAAGGCUUUCUCUACGCUGUCAGCUCAUGUCACUGUGGUGGUUUUGUUCUUUGGGCCAUUAAUCUUUUUCUAUAUUUUCCCAUUUCCCACAUCACAUCUGGAUAAAUUCCUUGCCAUCUUUGAUGCAGUUAUCACUCCUGUUUUAAAUCCAGUCAUCUAUACUUUUAGGAAUAAAGAGAUGAAGGUGGCAAUGAGAAGACUAUGGUCUCAGCUUGUGAAUUACAGUAAAAUCUUUUAA